GACUCUUGGCUCAACCUUCCUUUCUUUCUCUUUCUCCUUAUUCGUUUCUCUUCUUCUUCGUUUCCCUUUUGGUUUUUGUAAGAUCUACAAAAAAACCCUAGAAAGAGAGGAACGUAGGGGAGAAUCACAUAGAGGAUAAAAUUGAUGGGAAGAGGGAAGAUUGUGAUCCAAAGGAUCGAUGAUUCUACCAGUAGACAAGUCACUUUCUCCAAACGAAGAAAGGGUCUUAUCAAGAAAGCCAAAGAGCUAGCCAUUCUCUGUGACGCCGAGGUCGGUCUCAUCAUCUUCUCCAGCACCGGAAAGCUCUAUGACUUUGCCAGCUCCAGCAUGAAGUCAGUUAUUGAUAGAUACAACAAGAGCAAGAUCGAACAACAACAACUACUGAACCCCGCAUCAGAAGUCAAGUUUUGGCAGAGAGAAGCUGCGGUUCUAAGGCAAGAAUUGCAUGCUUUGCAAGAGAACCAUAGACAAAUUAUGGGGGAACAACUAAAUGGUUUGAGCGUCAACGAGCUAAACAAUCUUGAGAAUCAACUUGAGAUAAGUUUGCGUGGUAUUCGUACGAAAAAGGAACAAAUGAUGAAUCAUGAGAUCCAAGAACUAAGCCAAAAGGUCACUAUGAGAUAUGCACUUACACGCAAUAUAUUUCUCACGCAUAUCAAUCUAAACUCUCCAAAAAUAAUAUGUUACAAUUUUCACUUUGUGAUUUUUCUGAUGGUGGUGCAGAGGAACCUCAUUUAUCAGGAGAACCUCGAGUUAUCUCGAAAAGUACAACGGAUUCAUCAAGAAAAUGUGGAGCUCUACAAGAAGGCUUAUACAUCAAGCACAAACGGGUUUAUACAACGUGAACUAGCUGUCGCGGAUGAUGAAUCUAACACUCAGAUCCGGCUGCAACUAAGCCAGCCGGAUCAUUUCGAUUAUGAGACCCCACCAAGAGCAAGCCAAUAACACCAUGUGAUUGAUGUGUGGAGAUACGAUGGUGUUAAAAGAAUAAACCAAAUGUGUUUGAAUACGGAUCUUGAAUUGGAAACAAACAAGAAACUUCAAGAAGCCAAGCCAUAAAAAGCAGCAUGUCUCUUCUAAAUUUUCAUCAAAUCAUACGUUUCCUUUCUCUUGUCCCUUUCAAUUGUAUAAAGCAUAUAUAAUACAGAAGAAAUACAAUUAAAAUUGUGUUUAUUAUACUCAUCCUGAGUACAUAUGGUCCGGUCUUUUUAUAACCACACAUUCUCUAAUUAACUGAAGAAAAAAGAACAUCCAUUUGUUUUUAUCGGAAUUCUCUAUAAAUGUUCUACACUUAAGAAAAUAUAUAUAUCUCAACACUUAAGAUUUUAAUUUUCAGUAUAAAAUGCACUUAAGAUGUUCGACUAUGGCUGUUGCUCUCCUUCUUUUCCUCCUGUCCCAUUUGUUCUUUACCUAUUUCAGAGUUGUUUGUUGGGUCUGAUCUGACUUGGUAAGAUACUAAUUUGUAAGCUUUGUUUAUGGUUUCCGGGGACAUGUAAGUCAUCCGAUAGCUUUAGACUCUAGGGAAUGGUCUGUAUUCUAUCAUGCUAUAGUUUUUGAUUUAAGUAUAUAUGUUACCAAAUUGUGCUUACCUUUUCGGGAACAUAUUCGUUUAGAACUCUAGAUUUAAGCGUGAUUAAACUGAAAUAAUAGAAGAAUGAGUGAUCUAUCG